AUGGCUGCCACCAAGCCUGCUAGCUCUACCACCCCAUCGUCCUUGAACUUCCUUAAGGAAGGCCUCCUCCUCCCUGGCAGGAAUAGGAGACUCUUCGCGGCGAUCUUCAUGAUCCUCGUGGCAUGGAUCUCUCUUCUUCUCGUCGCCAACGAACUUGGCGUCGAGCCCCUCAAGCUUGAGGUCGGCCGUGACAUGGACACGCUCAUGAGCACCGACCCCAGAGGCCCGGACUACGCUCACCUCGUUCGAGAGACGCUGGAUGACUACCGGGUCCUGUUCCUCGCAGGCGCGGCCUAUCUCGUGUCACUAGACAUCACCGGCUCCGUCAUCCAGCUCGUCUCCCUCUUCGCCGCCGUCACGACAUACUCCGGUGACGGUGAGGUGCACACCUUUGGCGCGCUCCUCGGCAGAGCCAAACAGCAGCUGAAGGGGGCCGUGCUGACGGUCGCCUUCGUCUGCGCGCUCAAGACCGCCGCCGUCGUGCUGCUGUUGGCCUUGUCCACCCUCGUGGCCUUCCUCGCGUUCAGGCGGUACCACUACCAUGGGCUGUUUCUCGCCGGGUGCCUGGUUCUCCUCGUCGCCUUCGUCUUCUACGUCUUUCUGUCCUUCCUCUGCUCGCUCGCCGUCGUCGUGGCCGUGGAUGAAUCCGCAGCUAGGCGCCACCAUGGCGCCGGCGCGGUCGGGCAAGCGUGGCAGCUGGUGAAGGGAAGGCAGAGACGUGCCAUGCUCUUUGUUUCCGUGAUGAGCGUGCUCGCCGCCGUGUUCAGGCCGGUGUACUGGCAGGCCAAGAUAUGCGCCCGUGGCAACAUGGCGUCGGGGGCUGUGCUCCUGGGAGUCUUGUACACCGUCCAGAUGGCCGCCGUGGAGUUGUUCCAAGACUGCGCGUUGAUCGCGUUCUACUACGAGUGCAAGGGUAGAUCAGCCCAGGAAUCAGAGACGGAGUACGCCAAGCUGUCUAUCCAGGAUGCGUGA